AUGCCUGAUGUCAAGCGGACAGUCAAGCUGGUGACGGAACAAAAUGUCAUUCAGGGAAAGGACUCUGGCGUCGAAGGCUUUCCUCUCCGAUCAUGGUCCAUUGAGAUUUACAUUUUGAACGAAAAUGGCGAGCAGGUGUCGGCCAGUCUAUUCGACAAGGUCGUGUACCGACUGCACCCUAGUUUUGGCGAACGCGCGAAUCAGACCGUGAGGAAUCCGCCGUUCCGUAUCCAGGAAGAAGGAUGGGGCGAGUUUGAUAUGCAAAUCGGACUGUAUGCAGACAAGGAGCAUACCAUCACACACGACCUCAACUUUCAGCAGAAUCGGUAUGAGUCGAAACACGUCAUUAACUUCAAAAACCCCAAGCAUGCCCUUGUCGAAAAGUUGCGAGAGUCAGGCUCUGUUCCCGGAGAUGAGAACGGCACAAAGGCCAAGCGCGGCGCCACGGGCGAAGAGAGCGCGAAGAAGAAGAAGAAGACUGAAAGAAAUGUCGACAUGGACAAGCUGGCCGACGGUCUGCAGAAACUCAACGAAGACGAUUUGCUGCAAGUCGUUCAGAUGGUGCACGAUAACAAAUCGGCCGAUUCCUACACAGUCAACGAUGUCGAACAGGGCGAAUUCCACGUCGAUCUGUACACCCUUCCAGAUACACUCAUCAAGAUGCUAUGGGAUUUUGUUCAACAGAAAGGCGCUGCAUAA